AUGUCCUCAAUAAACAUAAAGAGGAAGUGCCCAAAUGGAGAGAAAGACAGAAGUGCUGGAGCUAUAAAUUGUCCAACACACAACCAUUUUAAAGCUUCUCUAUCUAAUUUAGACGGUAAAAAUCAUCCACACUACAGAGUAUGUCGUCAUAAGAGGAGGGAGGUAAAUAUCCUUAGCCUAAAAUAUGGUAGCGAAGAACUUAAAGAUGAGAGUGGAAAGGACCUUACCUCAACGCACACUGAGAUAGAUGAAGUAUACACUUACUACAGUAAAGUAUAUGACAAGAAAGAUGAGUGGAACAUAAGUAGACCUCUUUUACUCAGAAUCCUAGAUAAAGGAAAGUAUUAUUUGUAUGAAAACGCAGAUGCAAAAAAUGAGAAAGAUAGUGAAGAACAAGACAAAGAGCAUAGAGAACUAAAACCACCUACAAACACUAAAUGGAGGGGGAUCCCAGAUAACGGGUUUUACUAUGUAAAUGGUAACCCAACUCAAGCACUUAAAGAGAAACUUAAUAGACUCACCUGUGAUCUGCACAAUCUUCAUAUCGUGGACAUUCACAAGACAGUAACGUACAAAUGUGCAUGCGAUGAGACAGUGGUAACUAAUGAACCAAUUAUUGGCAGAUAUAUCAAAUACAAUCAUUCAUACAGUUCAGGUAUAAGGCCAAUUAGAUACAAAAAUGUUAGCCUUGAAGAUGAUUACCAACUCCUCACACUCACCCUUGAUUAUACUCUUACUCUCACAGUAUAUUACUGGGACGAAGAUAAAGAGCAUACAAGGCCUCUUAUGUUAGAUGUGUAUGUUGAAGAUUAUAAUAGUAUAGUUCCUGUUAGUAAUAACGGGGAAGAGGAUAAUAGUAAAUGGACUAUUAUAGGGGAGCUUGGAUCUGCAUCUGAGAAACAACUUCAAGAGCACAAGUGUAAACUUUUCAAUCCUGUGACAAUAGAUGUCUCGGCAAAAACCGAAAAGUAUGAUAAUCUAUACUGUAUAAAGGAAGGAUGUAAGAAAGAAUCUCCUCAUAAAGUAAUGGUUGAAAAUUACGGUAGACUGGCUUUGAAUAACUACAAAGCCAAAAGGCACACCUACGGAGGAAAGAAGUUUACCAUAACCGGUUUUACUGGGGAGCCCAAAAUACAUGGGAAAGAACUUCCAAUAUGGAAUGUUAAGGAGGUAGUAAUCUUCUUUCUGCGGUGUCCGGAAGGUCCUAGUGAUCCUGCCACCAACACACCUCUUCUAGUAUAUGUGAACAAUAAUGGUGGAAGUACUCAUAAAUGGUACAAGAAUGAGGGUACAAAUGCUGGUUAUAAAUUGGCAGAGGAGAAAGGACUAGGAACUAAGAAUUUACAGGAAGUUUAUUCAAAUUCCUGA